AUGGCUGCACAGCUUUCCAACGGCUCAGCCACGACAGCGAGCGGCCACGGCCGCCUCCCGCUAGCUGAAUUGCCAAAGACAUGGCAUUACACCUCCUCUCUCCCCGCCGACUCUACCUUUCCCACGCCUGCCGGCUCACACAAGACACCCCGCGAUCAAAUCACCCCGCGCCAGGUCCGGGAAGCCGCCUUUACCUGGGUGCGCCCCGAGAAGGCCGAGGAUCCGGAGCUUCUCGCCGUCAGUCCUGCUGCUCUGCGCGACAUUGGCAUUAAGGAAGGGGACGAAGAGACGGAGGAGUUCAAGCAGACUGUUGCCGGUAAUAGGUUACACGGGUGGGACGAAGAGAAGCUGGAGGGAGGAUACCCCUGGGCGCAGUGCUAUGGCGGAUUUCAGUUUGGACAAUGGGCCGGCCAGCUCGGUGACGGACGAGCCAUCUCUCUGUUCGAGACGAGGAACCCGGAAACCAAGGUUCGGUAUGAGCUGCAGCUGAAGGGCGCGGGUAUCACACCGUACUCCCGCUUCGCAGAUGGCAAGGCCGUUCUGCGGUCCAGCAUCCGCGAGUUCAUCGUCUCCGAGGCCCUCAACGCCCUCAAGAUUCCCAGCACGCGCGCCCUAUCCCUGACCCUCCUGCCCAACACCAAGGUCCGUCGCGAGACCAUCGAGCCGGGCGCCAUCGUCCUGCGCUUCGCCCAAUCCUGGAUCCGCCUCGGCAACUUCGACCUCCCCCGCGCCAGAGGUGACCGCGCACUGCUGCGCACCCUCGCAACGUACGCCGCUGAGGAUGUGCUCGGCGGCUGGGAGUCUCUGCCUGCGCGCCUCGAGAACCCGGAAGAGCCGGCCAAGUCUUUGGAACCCGCCCGCGGCGUGCCUGCGACGGAGAUCCAGGGGCCGGACGACUCUGCGGAGAACCGUUUCACCAGGCUGUUCCGUGAGGUCGCGCGGCGCAAUGCGCUGACAGUGGCGAAGUGGCAGGCGUACGGCUUUAUGAAUGGUGUCCUGAACACGGAUAACACAUCCAUCAUGGGUUUGAGCAUCGAUUUUGGACCGUUCGCGUUCAUGGACAACUUCGAUCCCGCGUACACGCCGAACCACGACGACUACAUGUUGAGAUACAGCUACCGCACCCAGCCGACCAUCAUCUGGUGGAACCUCGUGAGAUUCGGCGAAGCGCUGGGUGAGCUCAUCGGGGCUGGAGCCGGUGUUGACGAGGACACUUUCGUCAACCAGGGUGUCGAGGAGAGCCAGGCGGAAGUCCUCGUUGGCCGUGCAGAGAAGCUGAUCAUGCAGGUCGGCGAGGAGUACAAGGCGCUGUUCUUGGCGGAGUACAAGCGCCUUAUGACCCUGCGUGUCGGACUGAAGAACUUCAAGGACAGCGACUUUGACGACUUGUUCAGCGGCAUCCUCGACACGAUGGAGACGCACGAGUUGGACUUUAACCACUUCUUCCGCCGCCUUAGCUACGUCAAGCUUUCCGAGAUAGCGGACGAGGCGGGAAGGAAGGAAGUUGCGGCGCGCUUCUUCCAUGCCGAAGGUGUCACCGACAAGGGUCGUGCUGACGUCGCCUCGUGGCUGGACAAGUGGCGCGCUCGUGUCGUCGAGGAUUGGGGCGAGGAAAAGGACGACGAGAGGGUGGCGGCCAUGAAGGCUGUCAACCCCAACUUCAUCCCCCGCGGCUGGGUCCUCGAUGAAAUCAUCAAGAGAGUUGAGAAGGAGGACGAGAGAGAUGUGCUGAAGAGGGUCAUGCACAUGGCUCUGAACCCAUUUGCGGACAGCUGGGACGGGGCAGAAUUUGAUGGAAAGGUAUACAAGGGGGACAAGCAAGAGGAGGAACGCUGGGUUGGGGAUGUGCCCAAGUUGAAGAGAGCUAUUCAGUGUAGCUGUAGCUCUUAG